AUGGAUAGCAACAACAUCAGCUUAGUGGAGAAUGUCUUCGAUGAUGCCGUUUCUGAUGAUUGUGAGUAUUCUCCACCCAUAUUUCUCGAGUGGAAAAUGGUAUUCGUUGGGAUCAUCGGACUCAUUGUUGCUCUCAUCAGCAUUAUUCAUAACUCACUUCUCUUCUACACCUUCAGUACCUCUACAGUACUCAGGAAACGGAAUUUGACCUACUUAAUGUGGAUAUCCGGUUGUGAUGUCUUCAUUUCCUUAUGUUAUAUUGCAAUUAUGUGUGUACAGGUCUAUACUGACUAUUUCGAAUCAUUCAAUCUAUUGGUCCUCUGGCAUGAGUAUCUUCGUGCUGCAUUCACAGUUUCUCAUAUCACCUUAUCUGCUGCUUCAUUCCUUUUGAUGGCUGCAACAGUUGAAAGAUAUCUUCAAAGUACAGCAGAUAACCGGACACUGAAACUUUUCCAAAUUCUGGCAACUCAUCGGACAUACGUUGUCUUCUGUUGUUUUCUCGGAAGUCUCAUUUUCAGAGGAACUGUUUUCUUCGAGAUUGAGGUUGUAACUCAACCGAAUUGCACUGGAUUCUCUUCAAUGGGUCUGGCUGUUGUUCCAAUGUUUGGAGAGAGUAUGGAUGUUGUCUGGAGAUUCUUCGUUAGGAAAAUUAUCACGGUCUUCUUACCUUUUGCAGUACUUGCUUAUUUCAAUGCUGCAAUAGUGAUGAAUGUGAGACGAACGGAUCGUGAUCAAACCGUGAAAGCAUUGGUUCUUUUUAUAACUGUUGGAACAAGAGGAGAAGUCACAAGACUGAGAUCUCGUUUAAGAGCUGUCACACGGAUGUUAGUGAUGGUUGUAACCGGUUAUUUGCUUGCUAAUAUUCUUGAUAUUAUCAUUGCAUUUUGGGAGACAAUAAACAUUCAAAGUCUUCAAGAGCAACCAUCACUCUACACGGUACUCUCUGAUAUUUCUUCAUUCCUUCCAAUUGCUGCAUGUGCUCUUCGAUUACCAAUAUACACAAUUAAUGACAGGCAAAUUCGAGUGGAGGUUCGUCGUAAAUUCUGUGACCUAAUAACUCGGUGUUGUCCUUGUGUUUUAUGUGAUAAUCACCAAAGAAAGAAACUAUAUGAUCAUCAAUUGGAAUCUGAAAGAUUGUGGCCGAAGAAUGAACCAACUCCAAAACUCGAGCUAGAAAUGACGGAACUAUGGACGAAGUCUUCCGAAAGACUUGACUGA